AAAAAUGUCGAAUAAUAUGAAUAAGUAAACAUUCACUAGUUAUCUCAAAAUAGGAAAAAAAUUCCUUGAAGAAAGCCGAGGACAAAACUAAAGCAGUUUUUCUCUCCAGAAAAAUGAUUCAAAUUUUCGUUCUCGUCUUAUCGACGUGCCUCGUGGACUGGAGUGCAGGAGUAAAUCCCCAGGACACCUCAAAGCCCUCGAUAAACAUCGCAAAAUGUUGCGAAUUGAAUGAAAUCCUCGUCGACUCGAUUUGCACAUCGAUCGAUAAAACGAACGAGUCGAGCCCGUGGAAGCCAGAAUUCGUAGACGAUCAAUUUCCGACAAUAAUCAGAAGAAAACCAGUGAAUUAUCAAUUGAGAAUCGGUUCUCCAGUCUGUGGUAAGGACGAGACCCAGUGGCAGGUUUACUACGGGACUGAGGACAAACUAGUCAUCCUGACGUCCGGUAAACUGCGCCACGUGACGCAUCACAACUGGUUGAACAAAAAAGUUAAGACAUUUGACGAAUACAUGCAGAGCUACGAGGAAGAUGAGACCACUGGAGAGCCACUCCACCAGGACUACGCGUUCGGACAUUAUUGCGCGGAGAAAGCGGUUUUGUCAGGGGAUAAAAAAGUCACGACUUACGCCAUGAUUUGUGUUCCAAAUGUCAAAUUUCCCUGGAGGGAGACCAAUUAUCUCGUGAGGAACAUGAUCGAUCCCAUCACCAGGGCCUCGGCAAUCGCCAGUUAUCUGAUGGUUGCUAUUGUUUAUUUUGUUCUACCACAGCUGAGGGAUCUAGUAGGCAACAUGAUCAGUAGCAUGAGUCUAUGUCUGGUGAUCAAUCAGGUUGCUGCGACUGUCGGAAGCUUUACCCAACACGCCAGUCACAUCAGUUUCCUAGUCGCAGAUACUGUGGCGUACGUAUCUUUGCUGGCUGCUUUUUUCUGGCUGAAUGCCCUCGGUUACUUCGUCUGGAACACAUUUCGCUCUCGCAAUGUGUUUCUGCGAGUAACAGACCGUCGAAAAUACUGUUAUUACUCAUUCUACGUGUGGGGAUCAACUCUAACAAUAGCAGCAACUGCAUUAUUCGCUCAUUUCGCAUUGGACGAGCAGGGAACCCCUGUAGCAAACAUAGAGCAUGCGAAUGAACCUCAAGAGACUGUUGGAGUGCUUGCAAUGUCAGUUCUGUUCACCUCAGUGGCCUUCACCAUAAUUGUCGAUCUGUGCUUUGUCCUUAACACAGCGUCAACAAUCAAGAGAAUGUGUACUUAUGGGAGAAUUCAUCACAAGAUGAAGUACAGCUUCAGAUUAUUCACACUAAUUUAUGUUGUCAUGAGCAUUGGGUGGCUCUCUGUACUCAUGUCUCAGAUUAGAUAUGACGAGAUUUAUUAUGCUCACUUAUUUUUUAAUAUCAUUCAAGCACUUUCCAUUCUCUAUAUUUGCGUCUUUGGGCAGAAAAGGGUGACUUUUUUGCUCAGCAAAACGUGCAAUUGCUGCACUAGCAGUCGUCAAACCCCCGAUGGACUCGAUUGGGGGGAGGAAAUGACAGCUAUCAAUGCUGGGUAUUGAAUUUUCAAAUGCAUUUUUUUGUCACUCGAUGAAAAACCAACAGGUGCUCCUUGUCAGAACCAAACAAAUCCUCGAAGAAAUUUAUUUUUCUGCAGUGAAACCCUUUUACAGUUUUGUAGGUCAGGGCUUUUGAGUUUUUGACACGGACUUCUUGGGCAUUUCACCCUGAUUUUAGGAUUUAGAUUUUGCAGGUCGAAAUUUUAAUAUCGGUAUUGAAAAAUAUUAAAAAAUCUGAAGAAGGAGUAAUUCGUGAAUAACAAAGGGUUGAAGUAAUAUUAAUUUUUUAAUUCGAAAUUCGUAAAUAUGAAUAUAUAUAGAAUAUUAAUAUAAGAAUACCGAGAUUAUUUUGAGAACCUGUUCGAUUUCCUCGCGAUUAAUGUCCAAUUAAUUAUUUCUGAAGAAUUUUCAUGCUUAAUUCACAGGUAAUUUUGUAAAUACUUUUGGAAGGGUUCGGACAGUCGAGUACUUGCAAACGAAUUUUCGCAUCAACUGAUUUUACAAGUUCACUCCUUAGAGGAUUGCGUGCAAUUUAUGAAUCUUGUUUUUCGUUGUGCCAUUCUGCACAUCUAUUCCCAUAAAUUUAAUG